CACUCUUGAAGAGAGAGCACGAGGCAGGGAGACCUUCCCCUCCUUCUUUUUCCAAGGCUGCACUUCUUGGAAGUGAAGGCGGUUUGGGUUUUGUUUCCCCUUCCCCCUUCUCCCUCCUCUUCCCCCACCCCUUCCCCCUCCCCCCUCCCCCCAGCUGUCUUUCUAGCAUGAUGCCCUUUUUCAUCCACAUUUGUGUUUCAGGUGUAGAGAGGAGAGAGUGAACAGGGAGCGGGGCUUUUGUCUGUCGGUCUCCUUGGACUGAAGAGAGGGAGGGUGCACGACCAAGACUGUUAUGAUUCUCAAAAUGGUUUAUUACCCAGAUCUCUCUGUCUGGGUCAGCCAAGAGCCAUUUCCAAAUAAGGAAAUGGAGGGAAGGCUUCCUAAGGGAAGACUUCCUGCCCCACAGGGAGUGGGCCGCAAGAAGAAUGGCGAGACCGAGGCUGCCUCCCUGACUCCACUUGGCAGCAAUGAACUCCACUCCCCAAGAAUCGGUUACCUCCACUCUUUUUAAUCAUAACACCUCCAUUUGUAUUACGUAUGGUGUAUGGGUAUUGAUGAGGUCAUGGUAUCAUAUAUGGGAUUUUUUUCUGUGUAAAUCAUCAAGUAUAAGAAGAAACUAUGGGACUCUGAGCCUUGCUUUAGAGAAUUUACAGUGGUCAAAUAGGUAUCAUCAAAUCCGUUUUUAAUCAUUCUGACUCCAGUGAAAACGCUCAGAAUUUCACACUGUGAAUCCACGUUUACAACCCUUACAGGUGGGCCCUCAGGCCUGGUUCGCUACGACGACGUCUUCCACAACUCACACUCCCACUGCUCUCACACAACCGGUCCACUCCUGCCUCGGCACUCACACGGCUCCGACUGCUUCCUGCAGAGGCUGAGAGUCCCCAUUUUUUUUUUUCAUUUAGAUGUAACAAGCCUAGUAGUUUAUGUUCAUCAAUUGUCUGUAUAUCUCUAUAUUUUAUCCAUGUACUCUUUUGAUGUAUAGAAGUAGUUUGAAACUCAUUGUUUCCUUGUGGUAAGUGACCGAGAUGCUGCCACAGGACCUGAGACACUGAUGAAUGGUGCUAUUUUGGACUUUCAACAUGCUCCUUGGCGAGGUAGCUCUGAUGGAGUUAUUUUUUAUUUCCAUGUUCUAAGAAGGUGUUGGUACUCUGUUUCCCUGAAUGUUGUUCUCUAGACUGGAUUGACUUGUUUUCCUUGUGUCUUCAGUGUGGCUUUCUUCUUCAGCGUUGUAGGUUGAGUGAAUGCUACCGGGGAGAGUGUAAGAGACCACGUCUCAUGGGCUGGCACUCAUGGACCCGCAGCCACCGUAGUGGGAGCAAUCACAAAACUGUAAUUUACUUACCAAAUCUCUUCCUUUGGGUAGCCUCGCCCGCCUAACUUAGAGAAAGAAAAGCAAUAAUUGGGCAGGCAUUUUUAGGUGUCUCUCUUGGUUCUUUUUUUUGAAAGAAUAUUUGGGGGGGAAGGAAAAACUCCAUUUUUAAUAAAUGCCCUAAAAAAAAAAAAACCCAAACACUGGCGUCUGAGUCGGAAUAGCAAAAUUACACCUUUCCCAAAAAUUAGGUUGGAAAAAGUGUCUACAAAAAUUUUUUUUUUAAAAAGGCAGAACAUUCUUUUUCCACAAUUUUAAUAAGCAAGGUGUAGAUUUUACAUUUUUGUCCUUGCUCCCAAUGGAACGGAUAAACAAACAAAAAAAUCAGAAAUACCAUCUUCUCACGGAAUGUUGUUGCAUUAGCCAGUCUGAAAGCCCACCUUAAUUUUUAUAUAACUGUCUUUUAGCUCUUCCUUUGACAGGGCAGGCUCUGUUCUGAACUGCUCCGCUUCAACUGUUACCCAUCGACGAUGCAUGCGCUGCACUUCUUUGUUCUCUUCUCGCGCCCCCAUUGGCCUGAGUUCUUCGUGCACUUCCCCGCUCCCUUCUUUGUUAGAAUAGGUGUAUCAGCUGUGUAAAUAGAGCAAGAACAGUAUUCUGCAUCUGUGGCAUUCAUGUAGAGUUGCAGUUGUGUGCUGCUGAAAAUGCAGGCUUUUGUAACAAUGUGAUCUUUACUGAUGCACUCAUGACAAGUACCCAAUGUAUUUUAGCUAUUUUAGUAGUAUUUGUUCAAUAAAUAUACAAGCUGUAAGGUAA